AUGCCUCCCGGACCGCGCUUCCUGCUCGAACACCUGCACUACAUCGUCGUUCCGCUCUCCCUUCCUUUCCUAGCUGCCUUUGUCUCUCGGCGUUUCUUCGACGUCUCUAUUCCGACAUGGGCUCUGGUACCCCUUGUCUUCGUGUCCAUCCCUCUAUCCUUUCUGGCGUACGUUGUCUGGCGGAAAGUCAGCUGGAUGCGUUCCGCUGCCGCUCAUGGGGCGAAGCUUCCCCGUGAGACGGCCAGAAAGGACGCCCAGACAACGGAUAGCCAGAACCGCUACCCGCGGGACUUCCUCUUCAAGCUCUGCGAGAAGUACGGCUACACAUUCGUGAUCAACUUGUUUUUCAUGAAACGGUUCUUCACCGUUGAACCCGACCAUAUCAAGGCAAUCCUGGCAACCGAGUUUACUAGCUUCGAGAAAGGACCCACCUUCCGCUCCCAAAUGAGGAGUCUCCUGGGAGUCGGUGUGUUCAACGCUGACGGGGAUAUGUGGAAGUUCCAUCGCUCCAUGGCCCGCCCGUUCUUCAGCAAAGACAGAAUCGGCCAUUUUGACAUCUUUGAUAGGCACGCACAGGAUGCGCUCAGGCAGAUGAGGACCCGCAUGAAGUCGGGCUACGCUGUGGACUGGCAGGACCUCGUCUCGCGGUUCACCCUGGACUCCGCCACGGAGUUCCUCUUCGGCCGCGACGUCCGCUCCCUCUCCGCCGGACUGCCGUACCCCCCAGACUCGGAGCUCGCACGCCUACAGAUGGCAAAGCCCGAGGCGGCGGAUGAGUUCGCGUCCGCGUUCUUGUCGGCACAGACCGCGUCGGCCAAGCGCGGGCGUUUCCAGGGGCUGUGGGCCCUGCAGGAGUUCUGGACGGACAAGGUGCAGCUGCGGAAGGCGGCGAUCGACAAGUUCAUCAACCCGAUCCUGCUCGAUGCCAUUCAGAAGAAGAACGAGAACGAGAAGGGCCACGACGAUGGGAAGGUGUCGGAGGAGGACACGCUGUUGAGCCAGCUGCUGAAGGUCACUGAUGACUACAACAUCAUCCACGACGAGACUCUCAACAUUCUCCUGGCCGGCCGCGACACCACGGCGUGCACCUUGACCUUUGCGAUUUACCGCCUGGCAGAGCACCCCGACAUCCUGAAACGCCUCCGCGAGGAGAUCCUGGACGUUGUUGGCCCGACCCGCAGGCCCUCGUACGAUGACGUCCGUAACAUGAAGUUCUUGCGCGCUGUUAUCAACGAAACUCUGCGGCUCUACCCUCCUGUCCCCGUGAACGUCCGGUGCGCCAUCAAAGACACUGUCCUGACGUCCAAGACUCCCGGAGAGAAGCCGCUUUUCGUUCCUGCCGGUAUGAGAUGCAUCUACUCCGUCUUCGUCAUGCACCGCAGGAAGGACUUGUGGGGUCCUGAUGCCUUGAAGUUCGACCCCGACCGGUUCCUCGACGAGCGCGUGCAGAAGUACCUCACGCCCAACCCGUUCAUCUUUCUCCCCUUCAACGCCGGCCCGCGCAUCUGUCUCGGCCAACAGUUCGCAUACAACGAGAUGUCGUUCAUGCUCGUGCGCCUGCUGCAACAGGUGUCCGCGAUCGAGUUCUGUCCGGAGGUCGCGCCGGCGUCAAUCCCGCCUCCGGGGUACACGGACUCGCCCGGCUCGGACGGCACGGACAGGGUGUGGAUGUCGAGCCACCUCACCAUGUACGCGAAGGGAGGACUAUGGGUGAAGAUGACCGAGGCGCAGGCUGAGGAGUAG